CACGAAUUACGAGUCGAUAAUGUUUAUGACCAACUUGACACAUUUGAGCUUAGCAGGUAAUCCAAUUUUUGUAAUCGACAAUCUUCAUUCAAACACGCUGGCUUAUUUGGAUUUGUCAAACUGUCUUUUGGGCAUCAGUGGCAAAAGCUUUAGAGAGGACGCUUUCACAAAUUUGCCGAAGCUGAACUACCUCAAUAUUUCCCUGAAUGGCCAUCUGACAAAGUUGUCGUCGUUUGAACCGCUGUCUAUAUCUAUCAAGUACCUCGAGGCAUCUAAUUGUGCUUUUGAAAGUCCCGAUGUAAAAAUGUUUCCGAACUUACAAUGGGUUGAGAUGAGGAGGAAUGUCAUAAAAACAUUACACAAUGAAAUUUUGUCACAAAACAGUAUUCUCGAGACCCUUGACGUAUCAGAAAAUUUAAUAAGCCAUAUUGAGGAGAGAGCUUUCAUAGGAGCUAAAUCACUGAGAAAGCUGGAUAUUUCUCAAAACUUUAUAAGAGGUUUGAACUGGAAUGUUUUCUUUGAAACUCCCAAACUAGAGGUACUCAAUAUCUCAAGAAAUUUACUCAAAUCUCUGGAUGACAUUCCUAUCCCGUCAUUACUACUUUUAGAUGCCAGUAGAUGUGAAAUCGUCGGAUUAAACUCAAACAUACUUCGUAGAACAAAGAAUUUAAGAUAUUUAAACUUGUCAAACAACUUUGUUGAAAGUAUACCUCCGAAACUAUCGUCGUCAAAGUUGCUAAGUAUAGAUUUGAGUUAUUGUCGACUGACUGAAGUCAAACACGAAUCUUUUCAAGAACUACCAUCGCUUCGGAGACUGAACUUGAUGGGGAACAGACUGACCAAUCCAUUAAAUCAUAGUUUACUACAGGAAGUUCGUGAAUUAAAUUUACAAGAUAAUCCGUGGCACUGCGAUUGUACCGAUCCAGACUUCGGCAAGGCGUGGCAUCAUCUCUACUUGUACCCAAAUAAAGGUAGCACAUUGAGAAAUUUGAAAUGCCAUUCACCAAAGGAACACUCAGGGAUGUCAUGGGAGAACAGUUGCUUUCGAGUUUUAGGAGAAGGUAAAAAGUACAAGACUGCAGCUUGGUAUUCUUUUCUUGUUCCUUUUCUCACAGUUUGCUGCAUGAUAGCUAUUUUCAUGGUAGUUCGCCAGGCCUAUGUCUCACAUGGAUUGGAGGUGGAGCAAAGAGAGUCUAGUCAAAGAACAAGCCGCAGAUCUGAGACCAGAGCAACUCGGGUUGGGCCACAUUUCUUCGAUGACGAUUUAGAGAGAGGGAUUCAAAUGUCGGUGAAUGAAUCGACUCAAAGAUCACCCAUUCAUGACUUGUCAAAGCUUCCUAGCUAUGAAGAGGCUUUACUGAUGCCGAAACUCCUAAGCCAAGACGAUCUAAAGGAUAUAAUACGAAACUAUGAAGAGAGAGAUAGAUUUGAAGAAUCUACAUUGAACGAUGCUCAAGAAAGAGGUUCCGGAAUUAAUGAACAGUUAGAUCAUCAACACUAUCCAUCUACUUCCAGGAAUUCUGUGGUGAAUGAAACUAGGAAUAAUCUUCGGACUGAUGAGUGAAAAGUACCAAACUAUCAUGUUUUCACAA